ACAAAAUUACCGAAUUCAAUCAUCAUGUUAAGAAAUAAUAAGAUUUUAUUGUUACUAUUAUUUUGUAGUAUUUGGCUGUCGUGUAAUGCAAAGUUGAAACUACAACACAUCGUUGAACACGUAAACCGUGCUAACGUACCAUGGGAAGCUAGAAUUAACCAUCUUAGUACGUCUGAUUACAAAAACAUAGUUGGAACUUGGGGCUUUCAAAAAAAUGAUAAAGAUAUUGAUAUUAUCGGUCAUAAGGACAAUAAUUACGUUACGGAUGAUGAAUCAAACGAUAUGCCGGAAACAUUCGACGCCAGAAAUAAGUGGUUUGAAUGUCCUUCUAUUGCUCACAUAUGGAACCAAGGAAACUGCGCUGCCGACUGGGCAAUUUCCGUCACUUCGGCUAUUAACGACCGCAUAUGUAUCAAGUCGAAAAAAAAUAUAACGGCGUUUUAUUCUCCACAAAAAAUUUUGUCAUGUUGUGAUGACUGUGGUGACGGAUGCAAUGGUGGCUAUUCCGGAAUCGCGUGGCAAUAUUGGAUGAAAAAAGGAUUGGUCACAGGAGGCGAUUACGGUAGCAAAGAAGGCUGUCAACCAUGGUUGAUACCACCAUGUAACCAUACGGUUAUGGAUGAAAGAAGUCCAUUAUACAUGUGUGGCAAAUACAAAGCAGGGACACCAAAAUGCAACUUAAAUUGCUACAAUCCACAUUAUUCAAAGCCCUUCUUAAAAGACAUUUCAAAAGGAAUUCGAAUUAAUUGGAACUGUCCGGGAAUGAUUAGGAAUGAAUUGAAAAAACACGGGCCUGCAACUGCUAUAAUGCGAGUAUAUGAAGAUUUCCUAACAUACAAGUCAGGAAUUUAUCAACAUGUAACUGGUAAACUUCUUGGUCAGAUUACAGUAAAGGUCAUUGGAUGGGGUGUUAACAGAGGCGUUCAAUAUUGGUUAGCUGCCAAUUCAUGGGGCACUUCUUGGGGUGACAAAGGAUUUUUCAAAAUUCGUCGUGGUUACAAUGAAUGUUUGUUUGAAGACUAUUUUAUAAGCGGAAAUCCAGUAUUAUAACGUAAAUGUAAUAGUUGUCGCUUAUGAAAUAAUAAACUAGAAAUACUAGCAAAUUUAAAAUAUAUUGGAUUUCCAAAUUCGUACCAAUAUGUUAUUAGUAAUAUACUAUAUAACAAACAAU